AUGGGUGUGUUUCCAUGGUCAUCGUCUAGUCGAUCCAAGAGGAUGUGGGCCAAAGUUAGUACUAUGGAUGCAGAUCUAGACAAAAUUGGCGUUGAGGCUGACUGUACUGGCCGACAAUUGUUUGAUACUGUAUGUAGAAUAAUUGGCCUUCGUGAAAUCUGGUACUUUGGCUUACAGUUCAAGAAUAAAAAAAAUUUUCCAUGUUGGCUUCAAAUGGAGAAGAAGAUUAGCAAACAGGACGUGCGAAAAGAACCUGACGGCUCGAUCCAUUUUCUUUUUCUUGUUAAGUUUUAUCCUGAAGAUGUUGAGGAAGAGUUGAUACAGGAUAUAACAAGGCAUCUGUUUUUUUUGCAAAUUAAACAGAGUAUUUUAUCGAUGCAUCUGUAUUGUCCAGCUGAAGCUUCAGUUCUCUUAGCAUCAUACGCAGUACAGGCACUGCGCGGAGACGUAGAUGAAGAUUCAUCUCUUGAACUUAGCGAGUUGCUGCCCCAGUCUGUCACGACGCAGUAUGAAAUGACACCGCAGAUGUGGACAGAUCGAGUGAGAAGGUGGUGGGAGAAUAAUAAAGGUUUAAGCAGAGAGGAUGCAGAAAUGGAGUACCUUAGAGUAGCGCAAGAUCUUGAAAUGUAUGGGAUACAGUAUUAUCCGAUAUGUUUCUUUGUUCUUAACAAUUUUUCUUCUCAGAACAGCAAAGAAUCAGACUUACAUCUUGGAGUUUCCGCUCAGGGUAUCGGAAUAUAUAAGUCUAACAAUCGUAUAACCCCAAGGCCAUUUUUUUCUUGGAAUGAAAUUAAGAAUAUUUCUUUCAAAAACAGAGUCUUUUAUAUGAGGACGACCGACAAAAGCACGAUCAAAUUUCGUGCUCAGGAUAUGUCUAUAAAUAUGAGUAUAUUAGACCUUUGUAUCGGCACACAUAAUCUCUACCUGAGGAGACGUCAGCCAGAUCUUUUAGAAGUGCAACAAAUGAAAGUUCAAGCCCAAGAACAAAGGAUACGAAGAAUGCAUGAACAGAACCGUUUCGCGCGAGAGAAAGAAAAAAGAUUGCAGGCUGAAACAGAAAGGGAUCAAUUGAAGAAAGAAAUAGAGGCCAUCAACAAAAAACUAGACGCAAUGAAGGAGAAUGUUAAGAGAGCUGAAGACACAGCGCAGGCAUUUGCUCAAAAAGCAAGAAUAUCUUCUAGUGAAGCUAUAGCCCUAAUGAAACGGUCUAACAAUGCAGAGGCCGAGUGUGAAAGACUCAAAACAUCCUUGGUUGAUGUAUAUAAAAUGAAAAUUUCACUUGAGCAAAAAGUGCGAGAUGCUGAGCGCGUAACUCGACGUCUAAUCCAAAUGUAUGGUAUGGACUGCCGCAGCCAAGAUCCACUGAUAUACAGUAGUUGCCUCUAUAACUCUCCAAACAGCGCUCAGAUAUGUCAGCCUCCUUAUAUUUAUUCCGAUUUACCUUCUUAUUCUGACCGUAAUCACCACGAUGUUAGAUCAUCCUCUAGCAGUGACGAAGGAACUUAUGGGCAAUCGCCAGAUGACGAACCUGUAAAUUUCUCAAGUUAUUCGAAUCUUGAACUGCCUCUUUCAGCACCAUUCUACAACCCAAUUUUUAAUCCAAAUAAUCCGCCUCCUGAUCCUUCGGUUGACGGACUUAUUUCUAACGAUGUUAUCGCGCUUAGAAAUGAAAUUGAUACGACAAAUGCCGAAUUUAACGAACGUAAAAAAAGGCUAAAAGAGAAGAUGAGUGAGUUUCGAGCGGAAAUUGAGAGCCUUAAAGUAGAAGAAAGGCAGAGCGAGCACGAUCGUAUUCAUGCCGCAAAUGUUAAUAUGGGGAUUGAUAAGUAUUCGACGCUUCGGAAGGUAUUUUCAGCAUUUGAUUGUCUUAUGCGUUUUUUUUUUUUAAAUUUCUAUAUAGUGUAG